CAGUUUUCCAGCUGUUCCGAUCACAUGAUGGCGACACCGACACGUACGUGUCCCUCUCCUCGCCUUUGCGCGUUCCAUUGCUCAUUUUGAUGGAUCGAGGUCUCAUGCGUCUCUCGGUGUGCCUUCAAAGCGUUAUCCUCGCAGUCGCCAUUGGAGUGACGACUGCUGUGUACGACUACGAACCACUUCGUCAGCCGACAUUGUACCAGUCCGACUGCGCCAAGCAAUGGAGUAAAGCCACAGAUAGCUCGUCCUCGAGUGUGGACGAUCGCUCGACAGUCAAGAGCAGAACAGGCGAACUGCGGGUCAAUUUGGCUGUGAAGCUGGCGCGGUUUACGAGCGAAUAUGUGGAUUUCAAUACGAGAGCAUACAAUGGACACGUGCCAGCCCCAACCAUCAAGAUUUGUCCAGGAGACCGACUCGUUGUCACCCUCACCAACUCACUGGAAGCUGGUAAGAGCAACAAUACCAACCUCCAUCUGCACGGGAUGCACGUGCCGCCAGUGGGGGAUGCCGAUAAUGUGAUGCCCAAUGUGGAACCGGGAGGACAACGCCGAUAUACGUACGAGAUUCGACCAGACCACCCAGCAGGAACAUUCUGGUAUCAUCCGCACACGCACGGCAAUGUGAAUUCGCAGCUCAAUGGGAUGAUGGCAGGCGCGCUUAUUGUGGUAGACCGACCGGCAGAUUUCCCAGCAGAAUUGGCAGCGAUGGAUGAUCUCAUCAUGAUCUUACAAGCGGUUUGUGUCGAGAACUGUUUCAACAUGUACGACGAUCUUGAGGAAGCGAUUGAGAACAAGUACAGUCACUCUAGAAGACUUUCAGACACUCCGGAUGAAGAUGAGGAAGAACACAUUUGGCCUACAGAUCUUGAAAUCGUCGAGGACGAUGCGGACAUUCCGUUGAAUGACACCUCGCUACCCACAGUUUUCGUGAACGGACAAUAUCUACCGACUUUGGACCUCGCAGUUGGCGAAUACAAGCGGCUCCGGUUUAUCAAUGCAAUUGCGAAUAAUGUGGCUGAGCUCGUGACGAGUCGAGGAAGUGGCUGCAUGUUGGAGGUACUCGCCAUGGACGGAAUUUACUUUACAAAACCCAAGGCGAAGGAGGUGAUUGUUAUCCCGCCAGGCGGACGUGCUGAUGUAGCUAUCAUGUGUGCUGAGAUUGGAGAAUUCUACCUCGAAACGGACAGUGCGAGCUCCCGCAACAAGUUGCUAGGACUUGUCAACCAGCACCGCGUGCCAUCUCAGCCCAUCGUGAAACUCAAGGUUACUAAAGUCGAGGAUCCUGACGAUGAAGAUGAGAGUGAGAUCUCUGCCGAGUUCAUGCGUCUCCCUUCGUCGUUGCCAAAGCGGCCAGCGUAUAUGGAAGAUACACUUGGAACUCCCCAAUCCCGCCCCAUUAUCGAGGAGAGCAACAAAUACGACUUCGAAUUCUCGGUGUGGAUGGAUAAAGGAAUCACGUACGGCGUCAACCACGAGAAGUUGGACAUAGCGAGCAUCAAUUACUCGAUGCCUGUGAAUGAGAUGCAGCAAUGGGAAAUCUCGGUCAAAGACUACAGGAAGGCAGCAAUAUGGGAUUGCGACUUGGAGGACGACAGCACUAGCGUAGAGCGGCGUCUAGCAAAAAAGUCGAGUAAUUGCCGUACCAUGAGCCAUCCGUUCCACAUGCACUCGACACAUUUCCAAAUCUCGGAUAUGGACGACAUCACUGAUCCCGAUGGAAUCAUGUUUGACGUCGGUGAAUGGCGUGAUACAUUGCCGAUUUUCCGAGGAGGUGUGCAGAUCCGCUUCACACCACGCGAAUACAUGGUUGGAAAUAUCUUUGCUCACUGCCAUAUCGCCUCUCAUGUCGACGCUGGCAUGGCACAAUUGGUGAACGUCUACGAUUCCGACACCCGUUCGAACGGAGAUGAAGCAAGUGAGGAAGAAGACAGCGCCUCCGACGAAGAUGGAGACGAAGAUGAAAGUGACAGCAGUGAUACGGAGGAUACGAAGGAGGUACAAAACGUGGAGAAACGGUGAAGCUAGAUAGAUCAGUGAACACCGACACAUGAAUAUUUAUUAUUUUGUCGUUAGGUAGUCGGUGUAUGAUGAAUCCACAUACAGUGUGUCGCAAAAUCCUUACGAUUCCCAAAC